GGGCGGGCAGGCGCCAUUUUGUACGGCAGAGUGUGGGCCGGGGGGAGGCGGCGGAGGGUUUCGGGGUUCGGACCAGAGCGGCCGGAUGGUGAAAUCCUCCCUGCAGCGGAUACUCAACAGUCACUGCUUCGCCAGAGAGAAAGAGGGGAAUAAAAGCACCACCAUCAUCAUGCCCGCCGUGCUGAGCCUCAGUGCCGGACAGAGCAGUUCCAGGGUUUCUUUCAAUUGCUGUAGUAACCUGGGUCCGGGGCCUCGGUGGUGCUCCGAUGUCCCUCACCCACCCCUGAAGAUCCCAGGUGGGCGAGGGAAUAGUCAGAGGGAUCACAAUCUUUCAGCUAAUUUAUUUUAUUCUGAUAAUCGGCUGAAUGUAACAGAGGAACUAACAUCUAAUAACAGGACAAGAAUUCUCAAUGUCCAGUCAAGGCUUACAGAUGCCAAACAUGUUAACUGGAGGGCAGUGCUGAACAACAACAACCUGUAUAUUGAAAUUCCCAGCGGUGCUCUGCCUGAAGGGAGCAAAGACAGUUUUGCAGUUCUUCUUGAGUUUGCUGAAGAACAGCUUCAAGUUGAUCACGUCUUCAUUUGCUUCCACAAGAACAGAGAUGACAGAGCUGCAUUGCUCCGUACUUUCAGCUUUUUGGGCUUUGAGAUUGUGAGACCAGGGCAUCCCCUUGUCCCCAAGAGACCAGAUGCUUGCUUCAUGGCCUAUACGUUUGAGAGAGAGACUUCAGAAGAAGAAUAGAUUGCAAUGUUUGCCUCUUAGAGCUUUCUUGUUGUCUAUAAAGAUGAAACUGUAGAAAUUUUGUCAACAUCUAUUAUACAGUACAUAUAAUUGUUUGUUCUUUGUACAAAAUAUUGUGACCAACUGCUUUGGUGGUGGGAUGUUGAAAAUUUCAAACUUCAUCUUUUCUGAAUUUGUGCGCAUGUUGUGAUUGUGCAAAUAAAUGCUCACUCCAAAUUAGCAGUAUAUUUCUUGAAGUUUAAUAUUGUGUUUGUGAUACCGAAGUAUUUGCUUUAAUUCUAAAUAAAAAUUUAUAUUUUACUUUUUA